AUGGCUUUCAACAAAUCCGAGGUAACGCCAAAACCAUCGCAGAGGAUCUCCAAUUCUCAAUCAGGCGACAUGGCAAAGGCCAGAUUCCAAGUAGAGGGAAACGCAAUAGUCACGGGCGGAGCAGGCACACUCGGAUUAGCUGCAGCGCGGGCACUUUUAGAGCAUGGACUGGCGGGCUUGAUGAUUUUUGAUCGGACUCUCGACCAAGCAGAAGCCGAGAUUGAGCGAUUGAGAGUCGAAUAUCCAUCUGCCAGUAUUCUGAGUAAACAAGUCGAUAUCACCGAUGAAGUCGCUGUGAGCGAGGCCGUUGUUCACACCGCAGAGCUUUUGGGAUCUGUGGACAUCCUUCUAUGCUUUGCCGGUGUAGUAGGCUGUGUCCACUCAGUUGAAAUGACUGCUACUGAAUGGCGCAGGACGCUCGAUAUCAACACAACCGGGUCAUUUUUAUGUGCUCAGGCCGUCGCGAAGCAAAUAAUUUUGCAAGGCACCGGAGGAAGUAUUGUUUUUAUAGCUUCCAUCUCUGGCCACAGAGUCAACUUCCCGCAACCACAAGUUGCUUACAACACCAGCAAGGCAGCUGUUCUAGCUAUGAAGAAUAGCUUAGCGGCUGAAUGGGCUAGAUAUGGAAUAAGAGUGAACUCCAUUUCGCCCGGCUAUAUGGACACCAUACUCAACGAAGGAGAUGGUAUCGCUGAUGCUCGAGCUAUUUGGGCAGACCGAAACCCAAUGGGCCGAAUGGGCGAGCCGAACGAGCUGACUGGCCUUGUCGUCCUCCUCGCAAGCAACGCAGGCAGUUACAUGACAGGGACUGAUAUUAUUUGUGAUGGCGGCCAGGUUCUCCUCUGA